AUGGUAUCCCACAAGAAGCGAGCUACUGGUAUGAACGACCACAUCGGCGAACCAUUCGUAAAUCUUCGCGAACCCGCCGCCCGCAAGGAGUCGUCCAAGAAGGUCAACCCCGAUGCAAAGUCCUUCUUUGCUGAUGAACUCGAACCCUCACAUAUGAGAUACGUUAUGCGUAACUACGCAGUUGAUCCACUUCAGUACCGUCCCCUUGCCGGCGGCGCUGCUGAGCGGUCCCGCGACACAAGCCCAUAUCAGUUCUUCAUGGGCAGGGAUGACGACAAGGGAAAGCUUAUAUUUGCACAUACCAUCAAGCAUGAUCUCUGCACCUUCAAGGGUAUGCUUCUCAUGCUCUUGGUCGCUGUUCUCGGCUACUUGGCCCUGCGCAACAGUUGUGACGCACGUGUGUCGGCUUGA